CAGAUCCAAUCAAACAGUAGUAAAACCAAAACUGAAAAUUCGCACUAAAACAGGGCUCAGAUUUCUCAUUUCAGUUGAGGGCACGAGAGCUUUUACCAUGUUGCGUGCAUGGUAUAAAUAUAAAAUAGUCCAACCUGAUUCUGCCAUGUGUUGAGUUUCCACCUGAUGUCAGAUCCGUACCCUUCUCAUUUCUCAUGCCUAUAUGCCUGUUAUACAUAUAGCUUUGUUCAUUUUAUAUCAUUAGGACUCUCUCUCUUUCUGAUACAACAGAGCCAAAUGGAAGCCUUUGCAAGAUCUUCCACGACGUUGUUUGCAAAGGCUAAUACUAACAAGCGUCCAUCGCCUGUAAAAGCUCUUCUGAGUCAAUCUAGCAUUUGCUUUGUAAGGGUUUGGAAUUCAAAUGCAAAUGUUCAUCAUCAUACUUCUUUGCCUAGGCACAAAGCUAUUCGAUCGGUUGCCUCAUCUGAAACAAGGGUGUUAAGGAACCCAGACUCAGCAGGAAUUGGGAUCGAACCAGCAGCGCCAUCAAAAACCGUUCAUGUCCAAUUCCAAUUACACAAGAAGUGCCGCUUCGGUGAUAAUUUUCUCUUAGUAGGGAAUGAACCUAUCAUUGGACAGUGGAACCCUUCAAGUGCUAUACCCCUUAACUGGUCAGAUGGAAACAUUUGGACAGUUGACCUGGACAUACCAAUUGACAGAGCAAUCCAGUUCAAGUUUAUACUAAAGAAAAGCACAGGAGAUCUGUUGUGGCAACCUGGUCCAGACCGAAUUCUUCACACCUGGGAUACCAACAGCACUAUAACCAUAGCCGAAGACUGGAAAAAUGCGAAACUUCAGAAAUUAACUGAAAAGAAAAUCGUCAGUCAAAAUGAGACGCUACUUACAAACCAGGCUGUGACUUUUUCAGACAAAUUUGCCUCUGCAAAUAGCAUACCAACUUAUAGCAACAAGAAUGAGUUUGCUUUCAAAGAGAGGGCGUUUGGUUCUGAAAUGGGAACUCUGCUUCAGGAAAGCCAAGCAGUUUGCAUUGCAGAUGAUGGUGUUUGCAUCAUGACAAGACCAACAUCCUUAGGAAGCAUGGAUGAAGAUGAAUACUGUGAAGUUGAAUACUAUGACGAUGAAUAUUACGAUGAUGACUGUGAAUAUGAAGAUAGAUAUGAAGACGAAGACAUCAUGUUUACUUAUGAAGGAGGCCGUGUUCUCGUGCCUGGUUUAGUACAAGGGGUAACUGGAAAAACCAUUGAUAUCAGUGCUGAUGGCUCGAUUGUGAUUGAUGCGAGAGGGGAACACAAUUCCUAAUCAAUAUGGUCACUCUUAUUCUAUAUACUGCUUUUUCUUAGAAGAAACCCGCACAAUUUUGUUUGUCACCACUCAUUUGGAGACCGGAGAGCCUACUACUAGGUAAAUGUAAACGGCUUUGAGUAUUUGGCGUACAGCCUCUUUUUUAUAUGUAAUCGCUCACCUCGAGCAAAAUUUUGUUCUUUUUGCCUUUUAACUAUAUAUACAGCAAUUAAUCAACUGCUAAACUUUAAAAGAUUUGGUUGCA